AUGUCGUACUCGGAGAGAUCAUGCCCAGUUUCGGGCACCACGGGAGGGAUGUGUCCUAUCGGCACAGACAAGUCGGGGAGACCAAGCCGACCAAGUAAGCGAAUGGGUCCUCGAGGAUGUUCUUUCUCUGGGUUCUCCCAGCCCGGUGAUAUUCACACAGCAUUCGAUAUACCUCGAGGCAUCAACGCAGAGGAGUGGCUGCGGAUGAGAGAAAGGAAGUCGAUCAACCAUGUCCUCUACUCUCAAUACCCAUCAACCCAAGAGAUCGACAUGGCCACGAGCCAGGCCGAGAUGGAUGCUUUCAAUGCCAAUGAGCAAGACCUACUUUCUGUCGCCCUCGGGGCGCCAGCCAGACAAGUCAUGCUCCGAGCCGAGGAGAUCGGGCCACAAAGCGGCUGGAGAGACGGGUACCUCAGCACAGAGCAUGGUUUCUGCCCACCCGACUACGACGUGGCCGCCGGUGCCUUGGCCAGAUCCCCAGGCCGCGUUUGGUCUGAUCUUUGUGAGAGGAUGCCCGGUUGCGUCUCUCGAGGUAGAGUAAGAGAGUCGAUCGCAGCUGCGCCCGUCAUUGAGGGCACCGAAGACGUUAUCCCUGAUCAGGCACUCUGGGCGGCCAUCGUCGCCCUAGGCAUGCUGUGCUCCAUAUAUCGCUUCGAGCAAAAGUAUGACGGGCACGACGGGGUAAACGCCACGGCAAACCCGACAAAGUUGAAGCUGAACUGCAAAAUGGGUGACCCCUUGGGAGAGGAACUUGUCGGUAUCCCUCUCAGCAUUGCCCUUCCUUACUUCCAAGUUUCCCGCCGCAUGGGCAGAACUCUCCCACACCUCACCUUUGUCGACCAGUCUUCGUACAAUCUGAAGAUAAAGGACGCAACAUCGGGCUACCCUUACGUGGCUCGCUUCGACAACAUAGAACUUAGGUGGCCAAUGUUUGGCGAACGUGCCGAAGUAGCCUUUCUAAAGGGAGUUGCGGAAACGUCUGCCUCGUUCCAGCAUGGACCUGACGCCAUCGCCGCCUGCCAAGAGCACGUCAUGAACCGCAAUGUCGAAGGCCUCCUCUAUGAGAUGAUUCGGUUGAAGGAAAUCCUCGAACGGAUGCCCAACGCCUUCCACUCAAUUUCGACAAACCCCAACGCGGGCGAGAAUUACGUGCCUGUUCAACAAUGGGUUCGCUGGGCCAAGUUCUCUGCCCCUCUUUCGAAACGAUGCCCUGCCUCUUCGGGCUUGCAGUUCCCACCUUACCUGGUGAUGGAUGCGUUCCUGGGCAGAAAGAAGUACACAUCGUUCCUCGGUGCUGAGGGCGUCCACCUCCGGGCGUGGCUCCCAUCUAACUUGCGGGCCUUUAUCGCGGCUGUUGAGUAUCAUUACCGCAUCCCCGAAUUCGUUCAGCAGUCCGGCGACCCGCGCCUUAUGGGUGUUCUCGACGGCAUCGUCGAGGCUUACACCGGAGAGCGCGGCUUUAUGGGAGUUCACAGGUACAAGGUGUUUGGAAUCUUGGAGGUGGCCGCGAAGACCGGCCGGACCGAGACCAACGGCGCUUCCGGUGCGGCAGACGGCGAAAGACCUUGGGAGGAGACCCAUCGCCAGUUCUCCGAGGCCAUGAAGGAGCGUUUGGAGCCCUACCGAGGCGCCUUGGCCAUGGAACCCCAUCAGAUGAGAGGCACGUUCGAGGAAUGCCGUUAUGUCACCCGGGUCCUCAGCAGGUCCCAUGUGGAUUCCGACCCGACAAGGUCGAUUGCGAUGGUGACUCUCGACAUCAGCGAGACAGGAAUAACUUUCGCGCCUGGUGACCGGUUGGCAGUCAUGCCCCUCAACAGCUGGGGCGAGUGCGCCAAAGUCAUUGCUGCCCUCGGCUUGGAGCAACAUAUGGAUACCCCGGUGGAAGCCGGCGGCACUUGGGCUCGUUUCGCGAUGCACCUGGGAUCCGUCAGACGAACGGCGGCCGUCAAGUUGACUGUCGGUGACAUUUUGCGACGGGGUCACCUAGCUCCCAUCACCAAGGGCAUGGCAAUCAAGGUCCACGGCAUGCUGCUUGCUUCCUCCAACACCGUUUUGCAAGUCCUCGGUACGGAUGAGUGGCCUGUCAGGGGCUCGUUGGGCGACCUGCUGCAAGGUGCUGUCACCGAUACGCCGCCUCAGAUCUGGGACAGAGCCUUCAACCUCGACAACCUGUCGUGGCUGACCGGGCUGGUUUCUCUUGAAGUACCGCGCACAUACUCCAUCGCCAGCUACACCCAAGAGCUUCUGCCAGAGACCGUCGACCUUGCCGUGUCACGAUCAGAGUACAAGCUGUGCUUGACCUUUUCCGGGGAAGAGGACAUCUCGCGCGCAGGUGUCUCUAGCGGCUUCCUUAACCCGCCAGUGGAGAUGGAGGAGAUCGGGUCAGAUGACGAGUUCCUCAUCGGUGUUUCGAGGCCGGCGGCUUUUCAACUCCCCCUCGACCCGAUGGCGCCCUGCGCAUUCUUCGCCGGUGGGAGUGGCAUCGCGCCGUUUCGAAGUUUCUGGCAAGCACGCCUCGCGCAAAGCGGCCUGUCUGGGGGUAAAAACUUGCUGUAUCUCGGCGUCCAGUCGCGCGAAAAGUUCUGCUUCGAAGAAGAGCUGCGGCAGUACGUCAACGCCAACUUCAUGGAGGUGCAUGUCGCUUUCUCCAGAGACUCCCGCGGGCUCGCGUACGCUGGUCGUCACCUCGUCGAAAAGCACAUCCCACCCCGCUACAUUGACGCCUUGAUAGUUGAGCAGGGUGUGGCGAUUUGCGAUCUCGUCAUGUCUAAGAAACAGGGCGGGCUAGGUGGCUACCUGUAUGUCUGCGGUUCCGUCUCGGUCUUUGAUUCCGUCAUGAAUGGAAUCCGGAAGGCAGUCUACACCUACAGAGCAGCCACAGAGGCGGGCGUUGAUGUCAUCAUCAACAAGGCUUUUGCGGAAAGACGAUUCAUGCUCGAUGUUUUCAUGACGCCAAAGCCACUGCCAUGCAACUUGCCGACGAUACCCAUGUCUGAGCUGGCGCUGCAUACCGGACACCGCCCAGGCUCCCGCAUGUGGAUCGGGGUUCACGGCAGCGCCUACGAUGUCACCGACUUCUGUUCUAUGCAUCCCGGAGGUACGCUCAUCAUUAAGUCCAAUGCCGGUGUUGACUGCUCCAAAUCUUUCGACAAUCUCGCACAUACGAACAACCCCGAGGUUUCUAGUCUCUUGACGAAAUACUUUGUCGGGCACUUGACUCCCAAGCCUGAUUAUGGCGACGCUGAAAUCUCAGCGCUGCACGACCUCUGGUCAGCAUACCUCCGAUCUACGGUCGAGACGCUGGUUGCACAUCAGUUCGAGAUGUACGAAAUCAUGGGUGCAUCCCUCGAGACGCCUUCGUCACAUGAUCCCUCUGGCAGCAACAACAUCUGGGUACGCGAAAGCCUGCCGAACAUCAUCGCCGUCCGCACCUUCUACGGAUACCAAAGCCGACUUCUGCAGAGCGGCUUUGCCGCGCUGUUCGGUCCAAAGCUGCAGGAGCUAGUUCUCAAGUUGUCCUUCGGCCUCGCCAGCGCCAACGGUCCGGCCGCGGACACCAAGCUGCCGGACGUGCUAGGAACGGUGGCCCGGGCGAAGACGAGCGGAGAUGCAGUGGCUUGUACGAAAGAAAUCGCCCUCAUAGGACAGCUCGUGUGCGACGCCGACGCGUCGCUACGAUUCCAAGAGCGUGGGGUGUUCGCCUACGCCGCCCGCAGCGUGGAGCUCGACAUUGCCCUUCUGGAGGAUCUCCGUCAAGAAUCCUGUACCGGGAUGGACGCCUUCGACGACAUCGCACGCUCCAUCCAAGAGUCCUCCGACCCUGACUUUGAGAACGCCCGGCUCACUGCCCUAUCCGCCUUCCUUCUCCAGGCCCUCGAACGUAUGGCACGGCACCUGGAGGUCUUCUACACCCAGCUGGCCCGUUGCUCUGUCCACCAGCCCAAACUGGAAAAGAACCCGGCCCGGAGCCGCUGGGCAUUCGUGCGCCGCCGCAUCAGGGACGGAAGCCUCUUUGUCCUGGCCGCCAAGGCGGAGCUCAACCCGAGUGUGCCGGAGCAGCAGGCUCCGGUGCCGUAUUACAUGUCCCGCGCGAACCCGAGCCAGAACAUUGACUUUGACCGCGUGAUGGCGCAGGUGCAGGCGAGCCUGAGGGCCGGCACCCAGGACGUCGCACCCUCGAGCCAUCUCGCGCAUCCGCGGCAGCCGCUGACCCUCAACGCCGUGCACCAGGCCCGGGGCCGCAGCACGGGCGACGUCAGCGUGGUCGCGAGUCGCGAGAACGCAGGGGCGUUGAGGGCCAUGAACAAUUUUGUCGAGAGGAACAACCGUGCGAUCCGCAGGCUCAGCAAGAUUCCGCCUCCGGCAAUGAGCUUCGAGGACAUCCAAAAAGCCGUCACCAUGAAGAUGUCACAACAUAGUGACCCGCUGUCGCCGCCAGAGAUGGCGGGCAAUAUGAUGGGCCUGAACCUGGAGUAUUCUAUGAGGUCCGGCAAGCAUAGCUCCUACAACGGCGAUAGAGUCCUUCCAACGCCGCCGUCGAGCCGCGGCUCAAGCCGUUCGCCGACCAGAUUGGGCCACUCAUUCCACACACCCCAGCAACGCAGCAGACCAACUGCAGAGAUGUUACUAUCCAAACUCAACAGGCCCCGCGGUUCAUCGCUCUCCCCAGCGCCGCAGUCGGGUCGCAACUCUCCCGAUUCGGACCCCGUCUUCAGCUCUCAGCCUCCGCCGCUCAACCACGCCCCUGCUGAUGGGCAAACGGCCCUGAACUCAAUGAUGAGCCGUCUGAACACAAGACCGCGCAGAAUCUCCACGGCAGUGUACGCCAGCCACGAGCGCUCCUCGCCCAUGACCGCGGGCGAGCUGGUGCGUACAAGCACCUCCAUGAGCAUGGGCAGCGCCGGAGCCCCGAGGGGAAGGGAUUGCAGGCCAGGGCACAUGCCGCGGGCGUCUGCGGCUUCGCUGCGUGCUCCGAAGCUGAUGAGCGUGAUGGAGAGGGGCGAAGAGAAGGUCGCGCCCACGUUUUGA